CUACACGGCUCUAACUCUCUCUCCUCUCCCUCACUUGGAGAUUUUCAACUUUUCAUAAAGUGCUUCUUAUCCAACAGCUUGCUUUCUUUCUUUAUUUUUUCCCCCGAGAAAGUCCACCAACACCAACUCGUAUAUUCCUUUUUCAUAGUACAAUAAUAAAUUAAUAAUUGCGUUUCACACACAUACAUCAUCAAAUCAAAGCCUCUCUCAAAUUCACAAUUCAAUCGUAUCAGUUAGAGCUCAGCAAAAAUGGCGAGACACGAAGAGCUUCCAAUCCCAGUCUACUCAACACUCGAACCAGUGUACGGAGACGAAUCUCAGGUCGAAGAAGCUCAGCUCCGAUUCGACAGAUUGAAAUCUAAGUUCCUCGACGUCUUCGGCCACCCUCCUCAAUUCUACGCUCGAUCUCCAGGGAGAGUGAAUUUGAUUGGGGAACACAUUGAUUAUGAGGGGUACUCGGUGUUGCCGAUGGCGAUUCGGCAGGACACAAUCGUGGCGAUCCGGAAGAACGAUGCUGAAAAGCUUCUCCGGAUUGCUAAUGUUAGCGACAAGUACUCCUUGUGUACUUACCCUGCUGAUCCAACUCAGGAUAUUGAUCUGAAGAAUCAUAAAUGGGGUCAUUACUUCAUCUGUGGGUAUAAGGGCUACCAUGAGUAUGCUAAAUCAAAAGGACUGGAUGUUGGUGUUCCAGUUGGGCUGGAUGUUAUGAUUGAUGGAACAGUUCCUACAGGGUCUGGUUUAUCAAGCUCUGCAGCAUUGGUCUGCUGUUCCACAAUUGCUAUAAUGGCUACCUUUGAUGUGAACUUUCCAAAGAAAGAGAUUGCACAGCUUACAUGUGAAUGUGAACGGCACAUCGGGACACAAUCUGGUGGAAUGGAUCAGGUAGAUUGGUCACAGCCUAUCAGUCUGUCUUGUUUCACUUUGCAGGCUAUCUCUGUCAUGGCUAAAUCUGGGUUUGCAGAGCUGAUUGAUUUCAACCCAAUUCGUGCAACUGAUGUACAACUUCCUGCUGGCGGGUCUUUUGUCAUAGCCCAUUCGUUGGCUGAAUCCCAGAAAGCAGUCACUGCUGCUACAAAUUACAAUAAUCGGGUUGUUGAAUGCCGGCUAGCUGCUAUUUUACUCGGUAUAAAGCUUGGAAUGAAACCGCAAGAAGCAAUAUCCGAAGUGAAAACUCUUUCUGAUGUUGAAGGGUUGUGUGUAUCGUUUGCUGGCAGACAUGGAUCUUCUGACCCUGUCCUUGCGGUCAAGGAACUCUUAAGUGAAGAACCAUACACAGCUGAAGAUAUUGAGAAAAUCAUCGAGGAAAACUUGCAAUCCGUCUUUGCCGAUUCUCAGUCUUCUUUGGAUGUGCUAAAAGCUGCCACACACUACAAGUUAUUCCAGAGAGCCUCUCAUGUGUAUGCGGAAGCCAAGCGUGUAUAUGCUUUCAAGGACGCUGUAUCAUCAAACAUAAGUGAGGAGGACAAGCUGAAAAAGCUUGGUGACCUAAUGAAUGAAAGCCAUUAUAGCUGCAGCGUUCUGUAUGAGUGCAGCUGCCCAGAGUUGGAAGAACUUGUGAAGGUUUGUCGCGACAAUGGUGCUCUAGGGGCAAGGCUGACAGGAGCUGGAUGGGGUGGUUGUGCAGUUGCUUUGGUGAAAGAGUCUAUUGUACCUCAGUUCAUCCUGAACUUGAAAGAGCAAUUUUAUCAUUCAAGAAUCGACAAAGGGGUGAUCAAUAAGAAUGAUCUUGGUCUCUAUGUUUUUGCUUCCAAGCCAUCCAGUGGUGCUGCUAUUUUCAAAUUUUUGUAGUCCUCUCUGGUUUAUUGCAAUGAACACAGUACUUUGCAAGAAACUUCAAUUAUUUUGUUUUAUCGUGAAGGGUAAUUAUCUAAUCCUUACAGUCCAUGAAUGAAAGUUGAUUUGUGUUUCAUACCAAACGAUCAUAUUAAAAAAAAAAUUAUGGGCUAUUUUUUUUUCC